AUGUCUGCGAAACUGAUCCUCUUGGCGGGCGCCCUCGCGGCCCUGGCCUCCGCCGUGCCCCGUCCCGACACUCCUCCCGUCUACGGCCCUCCUCACCCGACCUACAAACAGCCAGGAAUGCCCUUCGACUUCAGCUACGCCGUCAGGGACCCCUACUCGGGCAACGACUACGCCCAUCAGGAGACCAGCGACGGUCACGUCACCUCCGGAUCGUACAGAGUGGUUCUUCCCGACGGCCGAACCGAGAUCGUGGAAUUCAGCGCCGAUCACGACAACGGCUACGUCGCCAACGUCGCCUAUGAGGGGGAAGCCUCCUACCCCGCCCCCGCCCCCUCCUACCACCCCACUCCCUCCUACCACGCCCCUGCCCCCUCCUACCACGCCCCCCCUCCCUCCUACCCACCACCCACUUCCUACUCACCUCCCCCAGCCCACCCACACCAAUAA